UUUGCCAUACAAAAAAUGUAACAAAUGGGUGACACCUCUGCAAUAGUAAAUGAAAGCAAAUCGAGCACAACAGUGUAGCAUGGUUGGGUUGUGGCGUGUUCAUGCUUUUAUGGUAGUCUGAGAUGGACUGCUCAUCAAACUAGAAAUUUUGCAAAUUCUGCUACUCCAGCUAGGUUCUUCUUCUUCUAUAAUCAAUCGUCAAUCAUUUCCAUUAUUUUAUUUUUUUUUUCUUUCAUCGAAUCGCUGAACUCGUUUUCCUCGUUUCUUCGAAGCAAAUCCGUUUCUUUCUUCUAAUAAUUUUUUGUGGGUGCAUCUAAUCUGUCUCUCUCGUUGCUGCUGGGAAGAACCCAUAUCCCUUUCUUCUAGCUGAGCCUCACAAGCUCAAAUCCUAAGAAAUCUCCCACAACCACUUUCCCUUGCGACGUCUUAACCGUCAUCUUAAAUCAGCUUGACUUGCUUUCAUUCUUCGUCUCGUCUUUUGAGACCAUGUUUGUAUAAACCUUUCCUUCUUCCUGCGCGCCUGUGAGUGAGAAUCCAGAAAUUACGUUGUGGGGAUUCAAAAAUGAAUGCUUGCAAUUUGGUUUUUCUUUGGAUCCUUUUUGCUGCUAUUCUCUGUAGAAGUGGUGCUGUGCAGCGGGGCGGGAAUCAACCUACUGAGAGAAUUUCAGGUAGUGCUGGUGAUGUACUCGAAGACAAUCCAGUGGGCAGGCUGAAGGUCUUUGUUUAUGAACUUCCAAGCAAAUACAAUAAGAAAAUUCUGCAAAAGGACCCAAGAUGCCUCAACCAUAUGUUUGCUGCCGAGAUCUUUAUGCACCGGUUUCUUUUAUCUAGCCCUGUUCGGACCCUUAAUCCUGAAGAAGCUGAUUGGUUUUAUACCCCAGUAUACACUACCUGUGACUUGACCCCAAAUGGCCUUCCCUUACCUUUCAAGUCACCACGAAUGAUGAGAAGUGCUAUCCAGCUUAUAUCUUCAAACUGGCCUUAUUGGAACCGGACAGAAGGAGCAGAUCAUUUCUUCGUGGUUCCUCAUGACUUUGGCGCAUGCUUCCAUUAUCAAGAAGAGAAGGCAAUUGAAAGAGGAAUUCUUCCAUUGCUUCAGCGUGCAACCCUAGUUCAGACAUUUGGACAAAAGAAUCAUGUGUGCCUGAAGGAGGGAUCAGUCACCAUUCCUCCCUAUGCUCCUCCACAGAAAAUGCACACCCACCUGAUUUCUGAAAAGAUUCCUAGGUCCAUUUAUGUUUACUUUCGAGGACUGUUCUAUGAUGUUGGGAAUGACCCUGAAGGUGGUUACUAUGCAAGAGGUGCAAGAGCAGCAGUAUGGGAGAACUUCAAGGACAAUCCACUUUUUGACAUUUCCACCGAGCAUCCAACCACAUACUAUGAGGACAUGCAGCGAGCCGUGUUUUGUUUGUGUCCACUUGGCUGGGCUCCUUGGAGCCCAAGAUUGGUUGAAGCUGUAAUAUUUGGUUGCAUCCCCGUCAUCAUUGCAGAUGAUAUUGUUCUACCCUUUGCUGACGCAAUCCCAUGGGAAGAGAUUGGCGUGUUUGUUGACGAGGAAGAUGUCCCUAAGUUGGAUACCAUACUCACAUCUAUUCCCCCGGAAAUAAUACUUAGAAAGCAGAGAUUGCUUGCUAACCCUUCAAUGAAACAAGCCAUGUUAUUCCCUCAACCUGCUCAACCAGGCGAUGCAUUCCAUCAAGUUCUAAAUGGGCUUGCUCGUAAGCUGCCACAUGACAAGAGGAUAUACUUGAAAGCCGGGGAGAAGAUUCUGAAUUGGACUGCUGGUCCUGUGGGUGACUUGAAACCAUGGUAACAAUGGCAAUUGGCAACAGUUUUCUUUAGAGCCAUUUGCGAUUCUUCACAUAUCUUGGUCAGUCCUCCAAAUGUUCAUAGGGUUGGGUUGUAAUUGAGAAGCCAGUUUUUCUUUGGUUACUCUAAAUUUUGACAUUUUCUUGGACAGUAUAUGAAAUCAUGAAAUCUCCAUUUUGGAGCUCUGUUUCUCUGUAUUUGUUUGUCACAUAAACUGCAUUUAUUUGUAUGGGUUAUUUGUGGCAGAAAUUCCUA